UAAAGAACGCUUUGGAUUAUACAACUGAGAGAGAGAGAAAUAAAUAAAUGGAGAAUCAACGAACGCAAGGCUUCAAGAUUCCGACUAGAAAUUUACUCUCGCCGGAAAUAUUCGGAUUCCGGUCGGCGGCGAUCACUUUCAGGAGGUUGUUUCAGAUCAGUUCCGGCAUAUAGAACUUACCGUAGAGCUUGUACUUUGAACAAUAAUAGUUCCGGUAGCACUUCAGAUUUGGGGGAGUUGGGAGAGAAUUGAUGGUGCAUUUUCCGGAAGUAAUUGAGGAAAUGGUAAGAAAUAUGUCGAUAAAGAAAAAGAAUAAUGAAGAUGGGGGCAAAGAAGGGGCUAAAGAGGGAAAAAGGAACAGAUCCAUGGUUUGUUUAUCCGGAAGUGUUAAAACCAGCAAGUUUGAUGAUAUCACUUCUGUUUGCUCCAAGAGAGGAAAUAAAGGAAUUAAUCAAGAUUCUCUCGUUGUUUGGGAGGAUUAUGGUAGCCAAGGAGAUGUAGUUUUAUGUGGGAUGUUUGAUGGACAUGGGCCUUGGGGUCACAUGAUUAGCAAACAAGUCAGAAAGUCAUUACCUUCUCAAUUACUCACCAAUUGGCAACAAAACCUUUCCAUGCAAACCGACCAAAACCAUCUAUUCCCUUUCAGCUUAUGGAAGCAAUCUUGCUUAAAAACUUAUGCCGCCAUUGAUGAGGAGCUCAAGCAACACCCUCGCAUUGAUUCCUUUUACAGUGGAACCACCGCUUUAACCGUCGUUAAACAGGGCCGACAUCUUGUUGUUGCAAAUGCUGGGGAUUCACGAGCUGUGUUGGCAGUAACUUCUGAUGAUGGCUGCUUGAAACCAGUUCAACUCUCCAUUGAUUUCAGACCUAAUUUGCCUGAGGAAGCGGAAAGAAUAAAACAAUCGAAAGGGAGAGUGCUAUGUUUAAAAGAUGAACCUGGAGUUUACAGAGUGUGGACUCCCGACUCAGGGACUCCAGGCUUAGCAAUUUCUAGAGCUUUUGGUGAUUAUUGCACCAAACAAUACGGUCUCAUUUCUGUGCCUGAUGUAAGCCACCGAGUCAUUACCACUGGAGACCAGUUUGUCAUUGUUGCCACUGAUGGGGUAUGGGACGUCAUGUCGAAUCAAGAAGCGGUUCACAUAGUUUCUUCGACACCAAAUAGGGAAAUGGCGGCCAAAAGGCUAGUGGAUUGUGCUGCACGUGCGUGGAAAUCAAAGAAACGAGGGUUCGCGAGGGACGACAUGUCGGCCAUUUGCCUCUUUUUUCAUGCUUCACCCACAGAAAAUGAUUACUCGUAAAUAUAGAUAUAGUAUAAGACUCCUUCCCUUGAAUGUGAAGUAGACUAAAUAUAAGGAUGAAGAACUUUGGCCAAUAAAAGCAAUAUUCAUGAAAGUAAGUUCUUAUAAGUUGAGUAGUUGAUAUGUUAUACUCAGGACAUGUGAUCAUAAUAUAUAUAUUUAUAUGGUUUCAUUGAAA